AUGGUGACGUUGUUAUCGUUCCAAUUCCACGAAUCCGCAUUGUCGCUGUUGUUGUCAUUGCUGCUGCUCGUCGUUACUUUCCCUUCUUCUUCUUAUUCUUCUUCUCCUUUUGCCGUCGGAUCGCAACGGAAUUUCACGGCGGGCAUCUUGUUGCCGUCCGAUGCGGCGGAUGCGUGCGGUGUUUCCCCGCCCUCGCAGCGUUAUUCGUGCCCGGUUAACUGCUUCAGGACGGAUCCGGUUUGCGGGGACGACGGAGUUACGUACUGGUGCGGUUGUGCAGACGCGCAUUGCUCGGGGGCCAAGGUGGCGAAGAUUGGAUUCUGUAACGUUGGAAAUAACGGCGGGACCGGAUCUUUCUCUGGUCAGGCUCUACUUUUGUUGCAUAUAGUUUGGCUCAUUGUUCUAGGCAUCUCUGUUUUCUUUGGCCUAAUCUGA